AUCCUUUUCUCAAUGGGUAAAAAAAUCGGUGAAUGGCGCGUGACUCCCCACUUUAUUUUUUUUUUCCGUAAAAACUUUUUUAAGCUACACAGAACUCGUGUACGAAGUGACACGCUCAGCUGUGAAGUGGGCGCGGGUGUCCCCUCCAAUUUGGUAUUUAAAGAGAGCGCAAAGAUAUGCACCUGUAGGUGUGCAUGUAGGCGUGAACAGCUGGAAAAGCCAACAGAGGAAUAGCCACACAAGCGUCCUUCACCCUACUUGCGCCGUUCGCCCUACUCACGCCGCUCCCCCCCCUGGGAAGAAGGCAACAUGGAUUACAAAAGCGAACAGCUGGCAGAGAAGGAGAGCUUGUCGCUUUUGUACGAAUGUACCAAUGAAUUUAUCUGCGUGGACGAAAAGAACUUUAAAAUUUUGAUUGAAAAUAAAGCCAAGAAGAUUUCCUUCUACUUGCUCUUUGAGUACACGGAACGGUACCCGGACGAGGCCCCCCUAUGGAAGAUCGUCGAAGGCAAAAAUCUCCCCAGCAGGCUGCGCGAAAAUGUGGAGCAGCAAAUCCGAGAGACGGUGGAAAAUAACCUGGGCUACAGCAUGAUUUACAACAUUGUGGAGAACAUACGGUCCUACCUGUCCGAAGACCUCGAAGAAAAAUCCAUGUACGACGAAAUGCUGGAGAGGAAACCCAAGGGGGGUGAAGAAAUGAAUGAUGAGGACUCGGACGACAAGAUGGGCGCAGACGAUUACGAAAACGUUUUGGAGCUGAAGGAGCUGUGUGAGGAGCGGUACCGAGUAACCGAGGACGAAUUCGACGCGUGGCGAAAGGAGUUUUACAAAGGCAUUUUCGCAGAAAUAAAAAACACCAACCUGUCGGACAACCCCACGGGGCGGGAGCUCUUUGAGAGGGGGAAAAUUAACUUGGCCGAUGCGGAAUUUGAGGAGGGGGAGGCCAAGUGGUGCAACGAAGAACUUUUUUGCGACCUCGACUUGGACGUGUGACCAUCAGCAUGCCGAUGCGUUGGUGCACUUCCCACGGGGGGGAAUAUACAAGCUUGCCAGCCCUACACAAGUUACCCCCUUCACGUUGCAGUUUUAUGCGAAUCACCCCACGUGACAGCCUCUUCCCCCUUCUGUCCCUACGUCCAUUCGGAUGGGCAUCCCGUUUAGCAGCCAGUUCGACAGGCGCGUGUUUCAUCAGCACACACGUUCGUAUCCUUCGUAUCCUUCCCCCUUUUGACGCUCCCUCUUUGACGCUCCCUCUUUGACGCUCCCUCUUUGACGCUCCCUUUUUGAUGCUCCCUUUUUGA